CCCUUCCCUCCCUCAUCCCCUCAGCCUCUCCCUCGCCGCAGGAAUGACCUACGAGGAGGUGGUCGCCGGCCUCGACACGGAUGCCUUGGUACUCAUCGACGUGAGGGACCCACAGGAGCUUCGAGAGACGGGGAAGCUGCCCAAGAGUCACAAUGUCCCACUCCCGGAGUUCGAGGCGGCCUUCCAGCUGAGUCCCGAAGAGUUCUCCGAGAAGUACGGAUUCGCGAAACCAAACCCGCAGGACGAGAAUGUCGUUCUGUCGUGUCUGUCCGGUUGCAGGAUCGUCACGGCCUGGGAAGCUAUCCAGCCCUUCGGAUACUGCCGAGUGCGGUUGUACUACGGGUCUUUCAUGGACUGGGAAUCAAGACACGCUCCGCUGAUUAAAGAAAACAAAGAGGAAUUAUAAAAAAAAUAAAGAAAAUAAAGAAAACGUUUUUUACAUGACAUUUAAAAGAAAUCGUUUAAUAAGUGAUAAUGUGUUAAAGAUAUAUCAACUUGUUUCUUGUCUCUGGUGUGUAUAUAAUGACUUUUAUACUUUAAUAUUUGAUGAUAACGUAUUUUUAGGAAAAAAUAUAUGUUAUCCAUUUCAU